UAUUGUCAUUCUGAUGUGAUGAAGUUGGAUGUCUGUUAAAUUGUGCGAUUUAUAAAUAUUAAUGGUUUAUAAAUAAAUAAAAAAAUGGUUAUUUAUGGUGUCUAUAUAGUGAGCAAAUCCGGCGGUCUCAUAUAUAAUUACGACCACAACAUUCCGCGUAUAGAGACUGAAAAGACAUUUGGUUUUCCUCUAGAUAUUAAACUGCAAUAUGAAAAUAAGAAAGUAGUUGUAGUGUUUGGCCAACGCGAUGGAAUAAACGUUGGUCACGUAUUGCUAUCGGUUAAUGGGUCCCCCGUUACGGGGCGGACCACAGAAGAUGGAAAGGACGUGUUUGAUUUAAUAGAAGCUAAGGAGAGUUUUCCCUUAAGUUUAAAGUUUGGCCGCAUGAGAGCCACCACUAAUGAGAAGAUAGUUCUAGCGAGUAUGUUCUACCCCCUGUUUGCGCUGGCCAGCCAGCUCAGCCCUGUUCCCAAGUCCUCGGGAAUUGAAACACUGACUGCCGAUACAUUUAAACUGUCCUGUUUUCAAACAUUAACAGGUGUCAAGUUCAUUCUAGUAACUGACCCAAACAUGCAAGGAACAGAAGUUGUUCUAAAAAGAAUAUAUGAAUUAUACUCUGACUAUGCUCUGAAGAACCCCUUCUAUUCUCUAGAGAUGCCCAUCAGGUGUGAGCUGUUUGACACUUCACUACACACUCUCCUGGAGCUGGUGGAGAAGUCUGGAACUGCUAAUUUAUAGCUUAAAUAGAUUUAUUUUUUCUAGAUUGA